CGCUAUUCACGAAGCUGAGCGGUUCUCGAAUAUACUCACUGAUAAUGGCGCUGAACGUUGAUAGAGAAGUCGAGUGGCUCACCACUUCAAUCUUGCCUGAGAUUCUACAAAACGGACGUCUAGUGGACAAUUACAGCGAGUCACAGCUGAGCACAUUCAAGGUCGGGGACAUUAAAAUCGCCGUCAUCGGACCCGAAGAGGCGUUUAUGUUGACUCAAUGCUAUCGAGCAACAGUUAAUUUUGAAUACGCCGGUGAGGAGCAGCAGCGCAAGUUUGUUGUUAAGAAAACGCCAGACGUACCGCCUGAAUUUUACGACAACGCACAAUUCGGUGAUCUAUUCCACAACGAAGUUAGUUUCUAUACCGAGAUACUACCUCUUAUUCUAAAGCUGAGCAAUGGCAAGUUUGCUUCACCCAAGUAUUAUCACAGCGAGAUAAAACCGAACUCUGCAUGGCUUAUCCUGGGGGACUUUUCAGCGGAUGGCUGGAGUGUGACAAAGGACAGAUAUGGCCUCAGUCUGGAGCACACGCGUAUUGCAGUCAAGUACUUGGGCAGAUUUCAUGGCUUUGGCUAUGCCAUGAAGCACAAUCAGAAGGACCGCUUCGAGCAGCUAACUCGCCAAUUUCGGGAAUCUCGAUAUGCCAACGAUGUUAUCAAUCCCGAAUAUGCUUUAGUAGGAAAAACUGGACUGAAACGUGUUGCCAAGGCGACGACCAUUUACCAUCCAGAAGUGGACAAGGAAUUUAUCAAAAAGUUUCAACAAACUGUGUGGGACUCUGUGGGCUACGGACGUCAGCGAGUGGCGGCGCCUAAGGAGCCACUUUCUAUCCUCUGCCACGGGGACUACCUGAGAAACAAUGUGGCCUACAAGUACGCUUCGGACAAUAGUGGCACGCCCCUGGAUACAAUGAUGUUUGACUAUCAGACAAUGCGUUUGUCCUCGCCCAUGAUCGACCUCUCAACAUUCCUGGCCAACUCUGUGCUCGCGGAUGUGCGUCAUAAGCAUUUCGACAGCAUUUUCGAUGAUUAUUGCACUGCGCUCUUUGAGAGUUACACAAAGCACUCAGAUGGUAAACUUCCGGAAUUUUUGAGUCGCGAGAAUUUGCUGAAGGAGUACAUUCGCUUUUUGCCGUAUUCGCUUAGCAUUUCAGCAUCAUUCUUAAUGAUGCUAGUCGAGCCUCCAAAAUUGACGAUCGCUGAAUUGAUAGCCCUCCAGAAAACGGAGGACGAAAUCAUACAGGAGGCUAUGUCACAAGGAGGUGAAAUAGUCGAUCGUGAGAUUGCCCACCAAAUGAAGGAAAUGUUUGACCUGAGCCGCUUGCAUAAUGUUCAAAUCGAUGAAGAUAUUGAUAGCAGUAAAUGGAUCAAUAGCGUGGAAUUCGAAUAGAUAACAAUUUAUUAAUCACAAACCCGUCACAGUGAAUUAGCAAAAAAAAACAAGAUUGCCAUUGGCCAUGACUUUAGAAUUUACCAGUCGCUUGUUAACAUAAGUAUAAAUUAUUGGUGAUUUUGUUUUAAAAAAUGUAUAUAUAGCUUUACGUACGUUAUCAAAUUUAUAUGU